CCCCUCCCUCCGCGCACGCGCCCCGCGGCGCCCCGGCGGCGGAGCCAAGAUGGCGGCGGUGGUUCAGAAUGUGGUCAAGCUGCUGGGCGAGCAGUACUACCGGGACGCCAUGGAGCAGUGCCACAGCUACAACGCGCGGCUCUGCGCCGAGCGCAGCGUGCGCCUGCCCUUCCUGGACUCACAGACCGGCGUGGCCCAGAGCAACUGCUACAUCUGGAUGGAGAAACGGCACCGCGGGCCCGGUUUGGCAGCCGGGCAGCUCUACUCGUACCCGGCGCGGCGCUGGCGCAAGAAACGCCGCGCCCACCCCCCGGAGGACCCCCGGCUCUCCUUCCCUUCCAUCAAACCCGAGGCGGAGCAGGCGCUGAAGAAGGAGGGGCUGCUGGCGCAGGACGGCAGCAGCCUGGAGGCGCUGCUCCGCACCGAUCCCCUGGAGAAGCGCUCGCUGCCCGACCCGCGCAUGGACGACGACAGCCUGGGCGAGUUCCCGCUCACCAACAGCCGCGCCCGCAAGCGCAUCCUGGAGCCCGACGAUUUCCUGGACGAUUUGGACGACGAGGAUUACGAGGAGGACACGCCCAAGCGGAGAGGGAAGGGCAAGGCCAAGGGAAAGGGCGUGGGGGGCGCUCGGAAGAAGCUGGACGCCGCCAUCCUGGAGGACCGGGACAAGCCCUACGCCUGUGACAACAGUUACAAACAAAAGCAUUCCUUGAAACCUCCCGACCGAGUCUGCGGGAAGCGCUACAAGAACCGCCCCGGGCUCAGCUACCACUACGCCCACUCCCACCUGGCCGAGGAGGAGGGCGACGACAAGGACGACUCGCAGCCCCCCACGCCCGUCUCCCAGCGCUCCGAGGAGCAGAAAUCCAAGAAGGGUCCCGACGGGUUGGCCCUUCCCAACAAUUACUGCGACUUCUGCCUGGGGGACUCCAAGAUCAACAAGAAGACGGGACAGCCCGAGGAGCUCGUGUCCUGCUCCGACUGCGGCCGCUCCGGGCACCCGUCGUGCCUGCAGUUCACGCCGGUGAUGAUGGCGGCGGUGAAGACGUACCGCUGGCAGUGCAUCGAGUGCAAGUGCUGCAACAUCUGCGGCACCUCCGAGAACGACGACCAGCUGCUGUUCUGUGACGACUGCGACCGUGGGUACCACAUGUACUGCCUGACCCCCCCCAUGUCCGAGCCCCCCGAGGGGAGCUGGAGCUGCCACCUCUGCCUGGAUCUGCUCAAGGAGAAGGCGUCGAUCUACCAGAACCAGAACAGCUCCUGAUCCUGCUCUUCCUCAUCCUCCUCAUCCUCCGCUCCGCCCUCCUCAUCCUCACCCUUUGGGGCCUUUUAUUUCCCCUUUUUUUGGGUCCUUUUCCCCUUUUUUUCCCUUUUUUUCCCUUU